UCUUGCCUGGGGUACAUGCAGCUGGAACAGAUCCUGGGGAUCACAUCAGCACAGAUCAUUCCCAUCCCUGUAACUCACACACAACCCCCCAAAGGACAGCAAAUGGGGACAUGCAUUGGGGACCUGGAGUGAUGCUGGCUGUUCCAGGCUGCAAUGCACCAAGGCUGGCACUCAUGCCUGGAGCAUGCCCUCUGUUUUGUUUUUCACAUAGUGACUUGCUAAAAUUUGGAGCAUGGCCACAUCUCAGCCUCCGCACCCAGGAAGUUCCUAGGGCAGGCUUCAGCAUCAUUACGUGCUUAGAGAAAAUAAUGAGCCCUUUGCAAAGGGCGGGUAGGAACCUGUAGAUCAUGUCUGGAUGAAACAUCUUGUGAUGCCUCAGUUGAACACAGCCAUCCACGCUGAGAAACACAGGGACACCCAGCACAGCUGAGCGGCACCAAACGCGUCCCUCUUGUGCCUCUCACCAGACUCAGUGAUCUCCUGUGUGCCCAACGGCACAGCCUCCCCUGCCACCACUGCUGUCACUGCUGCCAGACAUGGCUGCCCAGAGAGUAGCCAUCAUCGGUGCUGGCGCCUCCGGCUUGUGUGCCCUGAAAUGCUGCCUGGAUGAAGGUCUGGCCCCCACCUGCUUCGAGAGGAGCGGGGACAUCGGGGGGCUGUGGCGGUUCGAGGUAAGCACCAUGCUGUGCAGAGCUGCCCUAGACAGCAGCACAGAUAGGAUCUCUUACUGGCAGCUAAUGAAGCACUGCUGGGACAUCCCCUUGGCACAGACUGGGAUGCUGGCAGUGCAGGACUGGUUCUGCCCAAGGAGCCACUGCUGGGGCCAGCUGUCAGCCCAGGUUUGCUUUCCUGCCUCAGAGUGAAUGUUUCCCAUCCCUCCCUCCCCAGCCUGUCCUGAUCCCAUCCAUCCCUUCCCAUGGUCCCACCUGCCAACCCCCUUCCCCCUCGCAGCUGCUCCACUGCUGCUGGCAUUACUUUCCUAUCCUUCCCAGCCCCUUCUUCCUCUGAAGGUCCUGGCUGUCCCUCAUCCUUUACCUCUCCUACCUCCCACACAUAGGCACAGGGUGCUGCCUUUGUUCUCCUUGCCAAGGGAAAGCCCCAGAGCUUGUUUCUGCACUUGCCAAGCAAUGCCACUGUCUCUUCUUCCCAAGAAGAGCUAACCUGGCAUGCUCUGCUGCCCUGCCCAGCCUUUCAGUGAGCAGGACAGCCUGGGAAAGUGAACAGUGCUGGCAUGGGGUUUGGGGCUGCCUGUCUAACACGAUGGGGGUUUUGCCCAAUGAUGGAGCAGAGCUAAUGCAUGGGAGCCAGAGGCUGAGCUGCAGGGGCAAAUAUCAGGAACUGGGCUGAGCUGACACAAUGGCUGCCUCAGUCUUCUGGGACUAAUGGGAUAGUCAUAGCACAGUUGGGUUUGGGACCGCCACAUGUUCCCCUUGCCAGCACUGAGCCAUGCCCUAUGCCUGCAGGAGAAGCCUGAGGAGGGCCGCGCCAGCAUCUACCGCUCCGUCAUCAUCAACACUUCCAAGGAGAUGAUGUGCUUCAGCGACUUCCCCAUCCCCGACGACUUCCCCAACUACAUGCACCACUCCAAGAUCAUGGAGUACUUCCGCAUGUACGCGCGGCGCUUCGACCUGCUCCGCCACAUCCGCUUCAGGACCAGUGUGCGCCGCGUGGCCAAGCACCCUGACUUUGCCACCACGGGCCGCUGGGAGGUGGAGACCGAGAGCGAGGGCAAGCAGGAGUCAGCCACCUUCGACGCCGUGUUGGUGUGCACCGGGCACCACACUGAUGCGCACCUCCCGCUGCACGCCUUCCCUGGACUGGACAAGUUUGAAGGCUGGUACCUGCACAGCCGGGACUACAAGAGCCCGCAGUCCUUUGCAGAAAAGCAGGUCAUAGUGGUCGGCACCGGGAACUCAGGCAUCGACAUUGCGGUGGAGCUGAGCCACACAGCCAAGCAGGUGUUUCUCAGCACCAAGCGUGGGACAUGGGUGAUGCACCGGGUGGCAGAAGGUGGGUACCCCUUUGACUUCUCCUACCUCAGCCGCUUCACCCAGCUCCUCCAAAGCCUGCUGCCCCUCUCUGUGAGCAACUUCAUGCUGGAGAGGAAACUCAACAUGCGUUUUGACCACGCUCUCUAUGGUCUGAAGCCGAAACACCGGGUCUUCAACCAGCACUUGACCAUCAACGAUGACCUGCCCAACCGCAUCAUUUCAGGCAGGGUGCGGGUCAAGCCGAACAUCAAGCAGUUCACAGAAACAUCUGCCAUUUUUGAGGAUGGCACUAGGGAAGAUAUAGAUGCUGUAGUCUUUGCCACAGGGUACAGCUUCUCCUUCCCCUUCCUUGAGGAUUCUGUGAAGGUGGUGGAGAAUCAGGUCCCCCUCUAUAAGUUUAUGUUCCCAGUUGACCUGGAGAAGCCGACGUUGGCUUUCGUUGGCUACAUCCAGCCUCUGGGAGCCAUCAUGCCCAUCUCAGAGAUGCAGAGUCGCUGGGCCACCCGUGUCUUCAAGGGUCUGCACAAGCUGCCACCAAUCAGCACCAUGCUGGCUGACAUCGCACAAACCAAGGACAAAAUAGCCAAGCGGUAUGUGGCCAGCCGGCGGCACACCAUCCAGGUGGAUUAUAUUCCCUACAUGGACGAGCUCGCCUGCCAGCUGGGUGUUAAACCCAACCUGCCGAUGCUCUUCCUCACUGACCCUAAGCUGGCACUGGAGGUGCUGCUGGGGCCCUGCACGCCCUACCAGUACCGCCUGCACGGCCCAGGUGCAUGGCAGGGUGCGCGAGAGGCCAUCCUGUCCCAGCAGCAACGCGUUGACCAGCCCCUGCGGGGCACGGCCAGGCACCCAGUGCCGCGCUGCAGCUCUGUGCCACACAUCUUCAAGGUCUUCUUCAGCCUCGGAUUGAUUGUGGCCACGCUCAUCUACGUCUCGCUGUCCCCUCAGCCUCAGUGAAGGGGGCGGCUGGACAUCCCCUUCCUCUCCUUGGGGUUUCGGUGCUGUUGGGAGAAGCUCAAAGAGUCCUGCCGGAUGCGUAGUGGCAUGGCGAACUCUUUCCUCAUGGAAAAAGGAAAUAAAGCUUGUCCCCGUUCUCCGGGGUGAAGGGUCAGGCUCUGGUCCGCCUUCACGGACGUCCGCACCGCGCACACAUCGCACAACACAGAGCUAUUCGCGCCACCCACAGCAAAGAUGGCCGCCCCUCCCGGAAGUCACACCGCCCUCAAACAAAAUGUCUGCCCGGUACCAUAGAGAGCAGCGCGGGGGCGGGCCA